AGAGGGAACAUUUCACAUCCACAUAUGCAAAGAAGUUGUCGGGCAUCACAUCAGAGUUAAAGAAUAUUCUCCCGCUUGUUUUCCUGGCAGAGUCGGACGCAUGGACUUAACAACCAAAGCCCAGCCCAUGCUCAAAUGGAUGACCUGGAACUGUUUUACUUUGAUCAAACAGAUGGAGUAGAUCGUUUCCAUAUCUUAAAAAGCCAGAGUCACGUCGACAGCGCCUGCAGCGGCAGGGAUUCUCCUCAUCCAGCCACAGGGGAGGUUUCAGCACCGCGGACAGAGACCCGGAGAGCUGCGCGUCCGGAGGAGACGGAGACGUCCUUCACUUGCAGGCAGGAUGAAGAUGCUGAAGAUGACCAGCUGAUCGGAACAGACCCAGUCUGCCGGCUGACUCAGAGCUCCUCAAGUGAACUAUGUGAAGCGGAGGAGGAGGUCAUGGAGGAAGAGGAGGACGACAUCCCGGAACUUUACUUGCUGUCCGAUGACGACCUCUCCUCCGAAGGGUCGGGGAAGUCCGUAGAUUACGGCUUCAUCAUCGCCGUCACGUGCCUGGUGACAGGCAUCUCUCUGGUUGCCAUAACAUACACGGUACCCAGGGAUGUGCGCGUGGACCCAGACACCGUUUCCGCCCGCGAGAUGGAGCGUCUGGAGAGGGCGAAAGCCAGAGUGGGUGCGCAUCUGGACCGGUGCGUCAUUGCGGGACUGUGCCUGCUCACCCUCGGCGGCGUCCUGCUCUCCACGCUGCUCAUGGUCUCCAUGUGGAAGGGGGAGAUGAUGAGGAGGAAAGCCUUUGCUUAUUCCAAACACGCCGCCAAGUUGUACGGCUCAGUCAGCCUGAGAGCUGGAUCCAGUCUGGAGUCCUGCUCUCAUCUGUCUGCGGCUGAUGAGGAUUUGGAAGUGCUCAGUUGAAAUUUAUGUGACAGGAGGAGAGGAAAAGACUCAGAAGGAGCUCAUAAGUCCUGCCUGUGAUGUCCUUUAAUCGGCAGGUUUAAUGCCCCCUUUUUAAUUUCCAUCAGCUAAUACUUCUUCCUUUAUUUAUGUAUUUUCUCAAAGGAUGACUCACAUUUAUUCAAGUUUCCUGCCACACAAUUCAGUUUAUUUUCCUUCAGGAAAUAAAACUGUUCCGUCCUCAUUCGUCCUUCUACAGUCAGUACAUUAAAAAGUCCUGAUUCAGUCCUAAUUUCUUCAAAUUUCUCCUCCAAGCAGUCAGACUUUGUUGUAAUCUUUUAAAGUGGUCUUGAGUGACAGUUCUCCAGGCUUUUUAAAGGUCUUUCAAAGUUUUUCCACUUUAAAUUGGAUCUUUAGGCUUUUUGUUACCAGCAGCUUGUCACAAAAAUGAGAUCAUUUGACCCAUUUCUGUAGUUUCAUCAACAAGGUGAUUCCCAAAGAGCUGGUAGCUGGAAACUUGGCUUAUCUCAGCAUGGAGGCAGAAACUGGACAAAAGAAGAAGAGUCAGGACUAAAAACUGUCUACAGAAUUUCUGGAUCUGAAAUCCAGUAAAGACCUAAACCAGGACCUGAGAGAUGUACUGAGAUCUACUGUUGGCUGAAGCCUCAUCAGAAAUGGUCUCCAUGGAAACGUGGUUGUGAAGAAGUCAUUCUUAAGGAAGAGAAACGGGGAGAAAAGACUGAGGUUUGUCACAUGAUACAAGUACUGGUCUGAAGAUCAGUAGAAACAGGUCUGAUGGAGGGAUGGAUCCUCCCCAGAACCCAGAACUCAACAUUAUUGAAGCAGGGUGGGAUCAUCUGGACAGAGAACGGAAUGAAAAGAAGAGCUUUAGAAGUCCUUCAAGGGCCCUGAAUGACUACUCCUGAAGACUACUUAAAGAAAAAACACGAAGAAUAAAGAAAUGUGUUGAAGAAUAAAGCUGCUCAGACCAAAUAAUCACUUUCAAGCUUCUUAAUCUUUUGUAAAAACUCGAUUCUUGCCUUAUAUAUUGUAUUUCCACGUUGCACAUUUCUCCUGUUUUUUUCUGGAAAUAUAUAAAGAAAUGAGGGCUGGACUGAAACUGUUGCACAAUAAUGAAAAUGGAUUCUUUUCUUAACAGAAAACAGUUUUCUCCCUGUCCAAUACUGUGGAAAUGACGGGGCAGAAUCCACAGUUGUCUCUGCUUUGUAAAUAUAAAUACAAGGUUUAAGCUGUUUGAUCUUCAGGAGUUCAGCCCAAAAACACACCUGCAGAGAAACAAUUCUCAGGACUGCUCUUUGCAGAUACCGCUAGGCAUGCAAGACAAAAGUCCGGUCUGAAGGCUUAUCAGGCUCCAAAACACAACCCAGAGCUUUACAACUCCCCAAGGCAGGAUUUCAUUACUAUGGAAAUGUAUUGUGGUGGAAAAGAUUUGAUCUUUUGUCGUGAUGAUUGUGAGGGGAAGCAGCAGAAACAGACAGUUUAUGUUACAAAGUAAUCUCCAGCACUGUGAGCUGCAUGAAUUUGAUUGACAGCAGCAGCUUCUUCAACUUUACUGACAUACGGCAGGUGUCUUUCAGAUAUUUUUAGCAUCCAGUGCAGCUCAUUGCAACAUUAUCUGUGGAUUAAUGCAAAAACCUGAUGUUAACUUGGAUCAUUUUAGAGGAUUAUUUACUCUUCAUCUUUCAGCAUUGACUCUGAGAAAUGAUUUUCUAUGUGCAAUCUGUUUGUGCAUGCUCACAUUGUCAAGAUGGACCAGAACAAACACAACCUUGUGCUUUACGUGGUCUUCCUAAUGAAGUUUCUCGACCCACCUUUUUGUUUUCCACUGCUCCUAAUGAUGCUGCUACCAAGCAGCAGAAAUGUCAGCACUGGCAUAGAUGCUGAAAGACCUGUCUGCAAACUCCAGCCUCAGCCAGGAGCCGUGUUCUUGUUCAGAUAUGUUGCCUUCACUGUCCACCUUCUCAGUACUUCAUUGAAAAGCAGCUAAUGAAUCUGCAGAUCUGGUUUACGAAGAUAACGGCUGUAUGAAUCUAUGAUGAACUACAAAGGAAUUCUGUUUGAUAAGAUAAUGACACUGUGAAGCGAUGCGUUCCCUUUGCUCACAUUUGUUUAGAUCUAAACGUUAAUACCACAGGGGGUGUAAUUAGAUUUUGUGCUUAAGCACUGAAGCCAAAUUCCCACAGAUUCACUGCAGAUGUUCAAAAGCAAAGAGACUGAAUCAACAGGGCCCUGGGGAAAAGCUCUCCUGGUAAUCUUUGAUAUUUAAUUGCUCUUGGAGUCUAGUGAAUCAGUGAAAAAAUAUGUAUUAAAAAAAUAAUUCAAUGAGGGUGAAAUUUGACAUUUUAUUCCAAAGAAGGAAAUCACGGAUGUUCAGGGGGAUGAUGCUGUGAGCAAACAGUUGCAUCCCCAAGCGGCUGCUGUGCAGCUUCUGUAAUUGGAGGCACUCAUGGCCAGCGGGAUGACAUUAUCCUCCACAUGAACCUCACUCCCUCUGACCUCGACAAUGUAAUUAAAUAGGUUGAAUCAGCUGACUUCUGCAUGAAAUAUUAAUCCGAUUUCUAAUGCAGCUCUGCCCUUAUUUAUUCUAUUCACAGUGGACGUCUUUAAGAAGUUUCACAAGUGUCUGAUUGUCUCAGAUAAAUAAAUAGUUGAGAAAUGA